UGACGUCGAUACUAUGCGCCCAUAACCUUGUGUUGCUGGUUGCUGCACAGAAGUGUCUCCAAAUCAGAUGUGUAAUCGUUGUUAAGACCGUUUUAAUGGUUUAUUUUGUUGUCAGCUUUAUUUCGGAGCAAUGAGCAAAUAUAUUUUACCAGUUUCAGUUUUUGGGACAGUGGUUGGAUGCGCUGUUUUACUGAAAAACCAUGUGACUGGAGGCCGGUGUCCCAGUAAAGCUACCAUUAAUGGAAAGACUGUGGUCAUAACAGGAGCUAACACAGGCAUCGGGAAAGAGACUGCCCGAGAACUGGCCAGGAGAGGAGGCCGGAUCAUAAUGGGAUGCCGUGACAUGGAGAAGUGCGAGGAAGCCGCGAAGGAGAUACGAGGGAACACCUUGAACCGCCACGUCUACGCUUGUCACCUCGACCUGGCCUCCAUGAAGUCCAUCAGAGAGUUUGCAGAGAGAAUCAAACAAGAGGAGCAGCGGGUGGACAUACUGAUAAACAACGCGGGGGUCAUGAGGUGUCCAGCAUGGAAGACUGAAGACGGCUUCGACAUGCAGUUCGGAGUUAAUCACUUAGGCCACUUCUUGUUGACGAAUCUUCUGCUGGAUAAGUUGAAAGAGUCCGCCCCCAGCAGAGUGAUCAACCUGGCCUCGCUCGCCCACCUUGUUGGAAAGAUUGACUUUGAGGACUUGAACUGGGAGAAGAAGAAGUUUGAUACCAAGCAGGCGUACUGUCAGAGCAAGCUUGCCAAUGUUCUGUUCACCAGAGAACUCGCCAAGCGAUUGCAAGGCACAGGAGUCACAGUGAACGCCGUUCACCCGGGAGUUGUUGCCACGGAGCUCGGCAGGCACACCGGCCUGCACCAAUCACAGUUCUCAAGCUCCGUGCUCAGUCCCUUUUUCUCCCUGCUGGUGAAGACCCCAGAGCUGGGGGCUCAGCCCACCGUCUACCUGGCCGUGUCCGAGGAGAUGGAGGGGGUGACGGGGCGGUACUACGAUGUGAUGGACGAAAAGGAGCCGGCGCCCCAGGCUCUGGACGAGGAGGUGGCCCGCAGGCUGUGGGAGGUCAGCAGCAGGCUGGUGGGUGUGGAGGAAGGAGGAUAGUCAAAGCCACCAGCCGGAGACCAGAACAAAGCUGCACAGACAGACCCGGCGCAAACACUCAGACAGAGCACAGGACCAGAUGUCAGUACUGUGGGACUGUAGGUCUGCUCUGGCCUCGGGGGCAGCAAGAGAUAAAGGACCUUUAUGACUUGAGCUGUGCCAGGAACAAUUCGCUGGUUCUGGUUGUCUGUUUUCUAAGUCCCUUUAUGUUCCAGCAUCAUGAUAUUGUCUCUUUUUCUUUCUUUCUUUUUUUUUUUAAAGACUGUUUGACUUAUUUAAAUGAUCAGAAAAUGGCGAAUACAAAUGGCCUUAUUUACUGCUUACAUGAAAAAGCUGCAUCAUCUCAUUAAUUAAACACAAAGCAGAAGAAAAGAAGAACGGUACCAAAAUACUGUUGAAAAAUAAAAAUUAAUGUUUGGACGUUUUCAUCAUAAAAA